UGGCGCUGUCACCGUGGCAGUUGAGUUGCAAACUUCAUUGUAUUUAAGUCGGACAACUCUAAAUUCGGGUACGGUGUUAUUCUUUUUUUCGUACGUUGAAAUAUGGUGCUCAAUUAACCGUUUAAUAGCAAAAUAAAGCGUUUAGGAAAUGUUUGUGUUCAGUUUGGAUUACAAUAUGCGUAACGUUAACGGUUUUUAGUGUGCUUGUCCUGGAUUUACUCGGGGCCUUGAUUUAACGUUGAAAUAUGCUACCUUGAAGUUGUUUGGAUAGUGAAAUGAAGUGUCUUAGUUAUGAGUGAAAUGGGUGAAAUAGCUCCUUCGGGGGCUUUACGUACCGAUAUUCCACAGACAAAAAGGCAUAAGCUUACAGUUUGUCGGGAUAGUGUUCCAUCUGUGCACGGUAGGCCUAAUCCAGCAGGGGCUCUUAGUGUUCGAACAAGAUUGAGCAACCACCAAAGGAAUUUAAGCUUAGAUUUUAGAUCUAUGGGCAUUCUACUUCCUCCAAUAACACAAGUCACAACGGUUACAAAUACUCACCUCACCCUUCACCAUCGGAACCGUAGCUUGGACUCCGCUCUCCAAAGGAUUCCCGAAGUAGAUGUAACUCCUAGUCCCGAAUGCGAAAACGUCACAACAGUUACAUCAUCAGAUGGGCAUACUAAUUGCACCGGUCAGUCCGCUGCGAAAACGCAAAGAGACGAACUGGCGAGUUUGGGCUCGGACGAUUCGGGUAUAUUAUGUAGUUCAGAUGGAUGCGUUAACGAUAUGAUUAGAGGUUCUAAUGAGGAGUUGUUGAGUAACGCGAAUAAUCGAAGUCGCGAAAGCUUAGACUCCGGUGCUGAUAUAUGUGAAGGAUCUGAUAUACUGUCGAGUACGCCACAUUCGGAUUGUCUAAUUAGUGUGUGUGAUGGACCAAGUAACUUACAAAUCGGUUGUGAAAGUGUACAUAAACAUCCGGCGAAUAGUGAAAAAGCGAACGUAAACGAUGUACGAGCAGCAAGUGAUAAUACGUUAAGUAGUUCUCGAUCUGUAUAUGACCUGCAACCCCCAAAACCCAGCACGGGUAUACUACGGUUGCUCGAAAGCAAAGUGUUCGAUGUGCCUAUGGCUAUGCAUUACCUAUUUAAAAGCAAAGAGCCUGGUGUUCAAUGUUAUAUAGCGAAUAGAAUGUUUAGUUUCCAGGAUUCACAAGUGGACUUCUACCUUCCGCAGCUGGUUUGUUUAUAUAUUCAUAUGCACAAUGUUGCUGAAGUUAUUCAUCCAUAUCUAGUUCAUAGAUGUAGGAAAUCAGUAGAUUUUUCACUGAAAUGUGCCUGGUUAUUGGAUGCCUAUAGUUCAGAUGCAUCGGUGCCAUCAAAAAAGAAACCUCACGAAAUUAAAUUAAGGAACUUAAUUCUGUCGGAUGAAUUACGGCCCAAAGACCAAAAAAUGACCACUUCUUUCAAUAGUGAUAAAUUGAACUUUCCUAACACUACACCUAUUAAGAAAACACAUCAGCGAUCACAGAGUGACGCAUCCGCACUUAUAUCUGGUUCACGGGUUAACAAUACGUCGUCUACCAAACUCAGCUUAGGUGAUUUAUACUCAGGGAAAGCGUUUAACAAUGGAUGUAUGUGCUUUGAAAGUUGCCUGGGCGUUGUUAACGAUCUCAGGGGACAGAAGACUGAAUGUACCUGCAUGGCUCCACGACUGAGUCCACAAUUAGAAUUCAUGAAAGCGCUAAUCAAUAUUGGUAAGCUUUUGAGUUCUAUUCCAACUAAGGAAGCCAAAACUACAAGACUGGUUGCCGAAUUGACAACUCUUAAUUUAAAUCUCCCCGCACGAGUGUGGUUACCUCUCGAGAGUGCAAAACCUCAUCAUAUAGUUCGCAUUCCACCCCAAGCAGCAGCUGUCUUAAAUUCGAAGGAUAAGGCACCUUACAUUAUGUACGUAGAAAUAAUAGAAGUCGAAGACCUAUAUAGGUCACCAAUUCCGCAAAAAGUUAUGAGCUCAUUAAGACACACUAAAUCAGAAGAAAAUUUGGGAGGUGACACAAUUUCAAUAUCCGCAUUUAGUAUGUGCAGCGGUAUUUGUGAUGAUAACGAUCCAGAUUGGAGCCAAGAAGAUGACGAAAUUUCCCAGCAGUAUUGCCAACUAAAGAAACAAAAGGAUAGAGAUACCAUUUCACAACUAAGUCAAGACUCUAGCGAUUCGCGUGAACCACCUUUGUGCAUUCUUGCCAGUGAAAUUCGUAGGAGAUUAUCAAAUUCGUUUCGUGAAGGCAAAAAGAAGACAUUUACGCAUGAUCCAGAAGAUCCAUCUGCGGCUGCUUUGAAAGAACCAUGGAUGGAAAAGGAAAGGAGAGUCCGUGAAUCUUCACCGUAUGGUCAAAAAUCAUCUUGGAAGUUGCUGUCCGUUAUCGUUAAAUGUGGAGAUGAUUUAAGGCAAGAACUCUUAGCUUCGCAACUCUUGCAAAUGUUUCAAAAAAUUUGGGAAAUUGAACUAGUUCCAUUGUGGAUUCGACCAUAUAAAAUUUUGUGUCUUUCGAACGACAGCGGUCUAAUCGAACCAAUAUUAAACACUGUAUCACUUCAUCAAAUCAAAAAACAUUGUCAGUUAUCUCUAUUAGAAUAUUUCAUAAAAGAAUACGGACCACAUACUUCAGAGGCCUUCCUCACUGCCCAAAGAAAUUUUGUGCACAGUUGUGCGGCGUACUGUUUAAUUUGUUAUCUUAUACAAGUUAAAGAUAGGCAUAAUGGAAACAUUCUACUAGACAGUGACGGUCAUCUUAUUCAUAUAGAUUUUGGUUUCAUCCUUUCGACUUCACCUCGAAAUCUUGGUUUUGAAAUAUCGCCAUUUAAGUUGACGCCCGAAUUCGUCGAAGUUAUGGGAGGAAAUGAUUCGGAUAUGUUCAAGUAUUUCAAAAUAUUAAUUCUUCAAGGUUUAGUUGCAGCCAGAAAACAUAUGGAUAUGAUCAUUCCCUUGGUUGAAAUUAUGCGAUCAGGUUCCCAAUUGCCCUGCUUUAAAUCCGGAACAGCAACAGUACAAAAUCUAAAGAAUCGAUUCCAUCUCAACAUGACAGAAGAGCAACUCCACAAUGAAGUUGACAACAUGGUCGAAGGCAGUAUACAUUCACUAUCCACAAAACUUUACGAUGAUUUUCAGUAUUUCACCAAUGGAACAUUAUAACUGUGCGACAGACCUAUAGACUGUGUGUUUUAAACCUGGUAUAGUCAAAUUAGUAGACUACGCUGUCUAAACUAUUAUUUAUAUUGAAAGAUUAACUUCCACAUAAUUUAUGAGAAAAUUUUAUUUUGUUAUAAAUUGUUGGUAAUUGUUUAAAGACAUUUCCUAAGUGAAAUGUUAUAUGCUCAAUCCAUGGUAACACCACAAUGUUUUUAAUGAUAUCUAUAUUAGCAAAGACCCUUUGUUAAAUGUAUAGUAAACCCAAUUUGUCUUUGAAAUACAUGAUGCCAUCGAUACACAUUAGGCUUGUAUAUUAAUCAUAAGUUUACAGUUAUGUGUACAUAUUAAAUACCGUAAGUGAUACUAUAUUUCCUUUGUUUAUAACGUGCAAGUUUUGAUACUGUCCCAUUUUUAAUGUAAAAUACUUGCCUCAUUUUUAAUUUUCUUUUUAAGAAUACAUUGUAUUUGUAUUAAACUGUUGAAAUUCCACUUUUAUUGUACAUAAUUUAUUCAAAAAACGUAAGUGAGAUAAUAGAUGUACUCAUACUUAUAUUACAUUCCUGUUUGUAGACCUUAAAUGUACAUACGUAGAUAAAAAAAAGAAAAUUUUAGUACAAAUACAAUGUGCCCUGGUAAAAUAAUAAUUUGUAAAUAUCUCGUCAUACGAGUUAAAUGUAAAACUCUUAAGAUAAAUUUUAAAAUUAUUAAUAUUUAUGGCGUCUAUUGUUGUUUAAAUAUUUACGAAAUAAAUUCGUUUACAGAGUUUGAAAGCUGUUCAUUUCAAAUCUUAAUAUCUUGUUUCUUGCCAUCGUUUGUAAAAAAGAGGUCACAAAAAACACAACCAAGUACAUAUUGUGAAAGUACAAGUAGAAAAAAAUAAGAUUGCAAAAUGUAUAGGCAAUCGUAAUUAAUUAAUGUGAUGGGUAAUAUUUGGCUCUGAAUUAAUUGAUAUUAACGUGAUUGUACAUGUAAAGUAAUUAAUUGAAUUUGCGGUUAUCCAUCCAUAAUAUACAAUUUAGUGUAAACUUAGAUGUAGCUAUGUAGCUCAUUUUAAAAACGAAUACCUCUGACUGAAAGAAUUUGAAUUUCAAAAAGACUGAGAUCAUUACCUUGUGCAGUUUUGACAUUGUAACACAAUCCAUCGAAAAAAAAA